CCAGUCUCACUAGGCCGCGUCCAAAACCGAGGCCUCUUCAAGAUGGCGGCGGCCAUGGAGCCCAGCGCCUGAGUAGAGGGGCCUGGUCCGCGCGGGCGCCAUGAAGCCAACGGCCUCCUCCUCAGGACCUGUGAAAGGCCCGGCCCAAAGAAAGGGCCGGGGGAAGAAGCAGGCAGGGCGGUUGCAGAAACUAGGCAUGGCGGUGCGGGAGUUCGUCGAGGCGGCGGGGGGCUCCGCCUCUCCCGGGGCCCUGCUGCAGCAGCAGCCGCCGAAAUGGAGCGGCCGAAGGAACCGGCGGGAGCUGAAGCGGGAAAAGCGCAAAUUGAAGCGAGGCCGCCGCCGCCUUCUCCUCAGCGGCAAGGAGGCGGCUGAGGCGCGAAGCGAUCGGCCGCCUUGCCCGGCUUCGGGCGACAGGGAACAGCGGCCGCCGAAGACAAAGAAGGCGCCACAGCCGCCGACCCCGGAGAAACGUGUCCCCGCGGCGGAAGGGCGGCCGGCGCGGCCCAGCCCGGCUCCUUCGGCGACGUCUCUGACUCGCAAGCGGGCGCUGCUGGAGGCCAAUGAGGCCGAGGAACGGGAGAUCCGGAGGCUGGAGAGGCAGCUGGGCCUCAGCAAGCGUCGGAAGAAGCAGGCCGGGCAAGGGGAGGCGAGCCUGCCUCAGAGCUUCUCUCGGGACGGGCUGGGCUACGUGCUGGGGGCCCUGGGCUCGGGGGCCGCCUUCUCCGGCCUGUACGAGAGCAGCGAAGGAGAGGAGGACGCCGAGGAGGAGGAAGAGGUGGUGGAAGGGAGGUCGGAGGAGGAGGAGGAAGGCCUGAGCAGUCAGGAAGAAGAAAUGGAAGACGAGGGAGAUGCUUUAGCUACAGAGGAAGAUGCAGGAUGCUCAGAAGAGUCCAGCGUGGAAGAAGAGGGCCAGGCUGAGGAAGGAGAAAGCCCAGAGGCCUUGAGUCCUGGAUCUCCCAGAGAGGAAAAAGAGAGACCUUCCCAUGAUGCUACAAAGUAUGUUCCUCCUCAGAUGCGAAGGUCUGAAGAGACAGUGGAUGUUAAAAAGAGAGAAGAAUUGGAAAGACUGAAGAAAACAUUGAAAGGUCUUGUUAACAGGUUGAGCGAACCUAACUUGGCCUCUAUAAGUGGGCAACUGGAAGAACUGUACAUGACAAACAGUAGAAAAGACAUGAAUGAGACCCUGACAGAUGUUCUGCUGAGUGCCUGUGUCACGCUCUCUGUGAUGCCCUCCAGACUAAUGAUGGAGCAUGUCCUUUUAGUUAGCGUCCUUCAUAAUACAGUAGGAAUUGAGGUUGGCGCUCACUUUCUGGAAACAGUGGUGAGGAAAUUCGAUGACAUCUACAGAAGCAAGGUUGAAGGGAAAGAAUGUGAAAACCUGCUUUCCUUAAUUGGCCAUUUGUAUAAUUUCUACGUAGUGAAUUCACUGCUGAUCUUUGACAUCUUAAAGAAGCUUGCUGGCACUUUUUCUGAGCAGGAUAUUGAGCUGAUUCUGCUGCUGCUGAAAAAUGUGGGAUUUUCCUUGAGGAAAGAUGAUGCUCUGGCAUUGAAAGAGCUUAUUACUGAGACCCAGAAAAAAGCGAACGCUGUAGGGAAGCAGUUCCAGGACCAAUCAAGGGUUUGCUUUAUGCUGGAGACGAUGCUGGCGCUGAAAAAUAAUGACAUGAGAAAAAUCCCUGGUUAUGAUCCUGAGCCAGUUGAGAAACUACGGAAGUUGCAGAGAACACUGAUUCAUAACAGUGGUUCUGGAAAAGAGGCUCAGCUUCGUGUGUCAUUGGAAUCUCUCCUCAGUGCUGACCAGAUUGGCCGUUGGUGGAUUGUUGGAUCCUCUUGGAGUGGAGCGCCAAUGAUUGACGCCUCCAGCAACAAAGCUCAACAUAUACUACCUACAGGAAAGGUGAGUUCAAAGAUUCUUCAGCUUGCCCGAAAGCAGAGAAUGAACACAGACAUCAGGAGGAAUAUAUUUUGUAUCUUAAUGACUAGUGAAGAUUUUUUGGAUGCCUUCGAAAAGCUUUUAAAGCUUGGUCUUAAAGAUCAGCAGGAGAGAGAAAUUGUCCACGUCCUUGUAGAUUGUUGCCUACAGGAGAAGACUUACAACCCCUUCUAUGCAUAUUUGUCUGCCAAGUUCUGUGAAUACGAUAGGAGAUUCCAGAUGACAUUCCAGUUCGCUAUGUGGGACAGAAUCAGAGAUCUGGGAAACCUGUCUAGGACCGCCUUCUCCAAUUUAGUUAAUCUCUUGGCUCACCUGUUGAAGACGAAAUCUAUCUCCCUUGCUGUAUUCAAGAUCAUUGAGUUCAGUGAACUAGACAAGCCAAAAGUCCACUUUUUACGGCAAGCUUUAUCUACGUUGUUCCUAAAAACGGACCCAGAAGAACUCUGCUACAUCUUUGGAAAAUUGGCUGAGAACCCCAAGCUAGGAAUGCUGCAUGAAGGCUUGAAGCUUUUCCUCACCCACUUCUUGAUGAAGAAUAUUCAAGCUAACAAAAGCGCCUCAGAAGCCACUCUGCUAAAAGAGCGAAUUGAACUAGUAAACAGGACUUUGAAAGCAAAAGAAUCAAGAUUAAAGUUAUAGCACCACAAACUAUCAGAGACUAUUCCAUUGUGUGGAAUAGUGAACUUAAGUGGACUUAAGUGAAAGCCCCUUUAAUUGAAUUUGACCAUUGCUACCAAAUGGGAGACAUCCAGCGUAAUGCCAAACGGGUGCUCCUUUGUAAGCCUAUCAGGGUGUUAAGAAUGGUGUAAUUCCGCUGAUGAUUGGUUUGUUUGGUAUUUGCACCUUAAGACAUAAAGCAGGAUUUGGUAUGAUAUUCCAACACAUUUGUAUUUAUCUUAAAAAUCGACCCGUAUUUAAAUUGUGAUGGUGAUGGUGAAUAUAAAUAAAACCGUAGUAAUUCUUUAACCUCUUGUAUAUAGGGGGAAAGUGCAAGAUGAAAUCACUAGUGAAUAACUUGUAAAGUGUGUCUUUUAUAAUAAACUGGUUUAGUUUGUA